AUGAUUGAGGAUAACAAUAAUAACAGGUAUGAUUCAUGGAAAUUUUCUUUGAUUGGUAGAUUAGAUUUUCUUCGUAUUAAAUUUGGUGAUGCAAUGGCGAUUUUGAGGAAUCAGUGGAAGUUAACUGGUAAUUGUCAAUUAAUCCCUUUGGGUAAAGGUUUUUUCACUAUCAAAUUAUCUAAUGAAGUUGAUCAAAAUUAUAUCAGAAAUUAUAGAUGGAAUGUUGAAGAUCGGGUGUUGAGAACUCGUAAUUGGAUUCCAAAUUUUAGACCAGCAAAUCAAAGAAAUUCUCAUACGCUGGUUUGGAUUUCUCUACCAGGAUUAAGCUUAGAAUACUGGGAGGAAAAAACUCUGUUUACCAUUUGUGAUGCAAUUUGUAAUCCUGUUAAAGUUGAUGAGGCCACUCUCAACUACUCAAGUGGAUAUGCAGCUAAAAUUUUGGUAGAAGUUAAUCUAGCCAAUACAAUUCCCAACAAGUUAUGGAUAAGUACUAAAUAUGGAAGUUUUUCUCAAGAAAUUGUUCUUAAUAAUCCUCCAAAAUUUUGUUCUAAAUGCAAAAUAGUUGGUCAUUACUUAUCAGAAUGCAUAUUUCAGAAAAAUUCUUCAAUGGAACAUCCCACUGAAAUUACAACUGAGAGUGUGAAGAAUCAGGUUGAAAAACCUCAGGUUAAUAAUAUUCAAGAGCCUUUUGAUAUUUGUCCACCUCCAGCAGUAUCUAAUAGUGUUGCUUCUCCAUUUAUUAAUGAAAUUCUCAUAACUAGUGGAAGAUUUAGUUCUUUACAAGAUGAUGAAGUGGUUGUGAAUGAAAAUACUAGUGGUGAAAGACAAGAACAGGAAAUGCUAACUCCUACAAGGAUUCUUAAAGUGGUAGAGGAGAACUCAAUUGAGAACAGUGAAGUCAAGUUUAUUAAUGGUAAGAAUGGUACAAUCUCUUCUGAAAAAAUUCUUGUAACUUCCUGGUCAAGAGUAGUUCAAAAACCUCCAUCUUCAACUACUAAUUCUGGAGACAAGGAAAUCACAAUUAAUCAGGUAACCACUAAUCAAGCUUUAACUAGUACUCAAUUGCCUACUAAGUAUAAUUUUAGAAAAAACCAAGGAAAGGGAGUGGUGUCUAUGUCAAGUCAGAUGAUAACAGUGGAUUUUUGUGGCGUUCUUAUAUCUGGUAUUCAUGCUCAUGUGAGCCUUGUUCAAAGAAGAUAUUUGUGGUCAGAAAUGGAGGUAAUAAGUGGUUUAAAUAAACCUUGGUUACCUAUUGGAGAUUAUAAUGCAAUUAUUUCAGCUGAUGAGAAGAUUGGAGGUUGGAGUUAUAAAGUGGGAUUAAGGGUAGCAUCUGAUCAUUAUCCUUUGAUGGGUGGUGGUGCUCAAAUUUCUAAGCCACAAAAUGCUCCUAUGAGAUUUCAAAAUAUGUGGAUUUCACAUCCAAACUUUAUGGAGGUGUUUGGCAAUAUUAAUGCACAAGUAAAGGAGGCAGAAGCAAAAGUUCAAGAAGCAAUGAUCAACUCUGAUAAUAAUCCAUUUGAUGAAGCAGCUCUUAAUACUUUGGUAGAAUCUCAAAACUUAUAUAAAUCUAAAGAAGUACAGUUGAACACUUUUCUGAAACAAAAAUCUAGAAACAACUGGAUUAAAGAUGGAGCAGCUAACACAGGUUUUUUACAUGCUCAGCUCAAAAUCAGGCAAGCAAGAAACUUGAUAACUGAGUUGGAAGAUGGUAAUGGAAAUGUGGAGAAAGUGGACCAUAUGCUUAAUGGCAUUCCUGAAGUGAUAACUACUGAAGAUCAAAAUAUGUUGGAUGCAAUUCCAGAUGCUGAAGAGAUUAAGCAAACAUUGUUUGCUAUGGAUGAAGAUAGUGCUCCUGGACCAGUUGGUUUUUCAGGGAGUUUUUACAAAGCAUGUUGGAAUGUUGUACAUGAAGAUGUAGUUAAUGCCAUUCAGUUUUUCUGGAGAAGAAAAUUCAUACCCAAAGGUUUUAAUUCUAUUUUUUUGGUACUUAUCCCCAGAACUAAAGGAGCAAGAAAUCCAAAACAAUUUAGACCUAUUGGUCUGAGUAAUGUCAGUUUCAAGAUAUUUACUAAAAUUCUAGCUACAAGAAUGGGUACAUUGAUGCACAAGUUGGUCUCACCUCAACAGGAAGCUUAUGUUAAAGGAAGAUGUAUUCAAGAUCAAAUUUUAUUAUCUUCAGAAUUGGUUCUGCAGAAAUUUGGAUUCUCAAAAAGUUGGUGUGAUUGGCUUCUCACUUUAUUUCAGUCUGCAAAAAUCUCAGUGAUGGUGAAUGGUGGGCCUUGUGGAUUUUUCUCAGAAGUCUUAAUCCGUCCAACGGUGGAAAGAAAGGGUAUUCAUCCAACCCAUUUAUUCUUUGCAGAUGAUGUGUUUAUCUUCAUUAAUGGUGCUAAGAAGAGUAUAUUGAAUCUUAUGAAACUUCUUGAGGAUUGCCAAAAAUGCUCAGGCCAAGUUAUAAAGAAGAGUAAAAGAAAAAUGCUUAUAGAUAGGACUACUGAAUUAAGAAAAAAUCAGAUUAAGGAUAUCAUUCAAAUGGAAAGAAGUGAAUUUCCUGACAAGUAUCUUGGAGUCAUUCUUACAACAGGGAGAGUAAAAGUCUCAACUGUAUGGCCAAUUGUUGAAAUGAUGGAAAGAAAGUUAGCCAUUUGGAAAGGUAAAUUACUAUCUUUUCAAGAAAGAUUAGUUCUGAUAAAGUCAGUACUUUGUAGUAUUCCAGUUUACAACAUGGCAGUGUACAAAUGGCCUGCAUCAGUCAUUAAAAUUUGUGAAAGAAUCAUGAGAAACUUUCGGUGGUCUGGAGAUGGAGAAAUAAGGAAGUAUAAUAGAUUUUCUUGGAAAAGAGUUUGUACUCCCUUCAGUGAAUGA